AUAUAUAUAUUUAUUUAAUUAAUAAACAUGUACUGUAUGGAUUUUGUAUAGUAUGUUUGGAUGGUACCCCGGGGGCGUACUACCAUGACCUUGGGGACGGAGAUGGCAAGGGUAAUUGGCUCAUUUUUCUUGAGGGGGGAGCAUGGUGCUUCAACGCCCGUGACUGCAAAGAUCGGUCCACAGGGAUCUGCUGCAGUUCUACCAUCCGCUUGUACUGCAACAAUGAUGAAACCAAGUUUGUGCUUCUUUCCACAGUACAUAGUGCAAACUGUGGAGACGCCAUUGUUUAUUGUCAUGUCUUCAUUUGAUCAAGUCCAGAUCUCAUAUAACUUGUCCCCUGAGCAUGAGAGUUGUCUUUUGAAUAAGAACUGUACGUUGGAUGAGUUGGCAAUGAUUUAAGGACUAAGAUUGGACCUACUUGCUUCAUUACCCAUUGGAAGUCCAUCAUCUUUUAGAGGCAUGUGGAUAACCUCUUGCAUCACUCAUGAAGUCACCGUCUACUCUUGGAUUGCUCCACAAUUAAUGAAAAUCGAUGGAAAUCGGACAUACCCACAAGUGUUCGCGGAUUGGUUCUAUGAUCGAUCUGCCACUCAAGUGAUAGAUAUGUCAUGUG